AUGGGUAAUUUGACCAAGAUUGGAGAUUUCGGUUUAGCUAUGGAGAAAGGGUCGAUAGAGUACGGUGACGGAACCGGUCAUAGGAGAGGCACUGCGAGGUAUGUGGCUCCAGAGACUAUGAGCCAUGGGAUUGUGGACUUUGGAACGGAUGUGUGGGCUUUUGGGUGUACGGUUUUGGAGAUGUUAACCGGAGAAUUGGUUUGGGGAGAACAUGGUGAUCUUGGUUUCGAUGAUUGGGUCGAUCUCAUCGGUCACAGUGAUUGCCUUCCUCGUAUACCGGGUUGGUUGUCUAAAGAAGCAAUAGAUUUUUUGAGCAGAUGCUUGGAGAGAGACGUACACAAGAGGCGUCAAGCUAGAGAUGUCUUGUCUAGACUCAGAUACAUCCACGAUCGAAACAUCAUCCAUCGCGACAUUAAACCGGAGAAUCUCUUUCUCUGCCCUACCGAUCACCGGUUAAGAGCUAAUGGGUAUUUGACCAAGAUUGGAGAUUUUGGGCUAGCUAUGGAGAAAGGGUCGAUCGAGUACGGUGAAGGAACCGGUCAUAGGAGAGGCACUGCAAGAUAUGAGGCUAUAGAGCUUAUGAGCCAUGGGAUUGUGGACUUUGGAGCUGAUGUGUGGGCUUUUGGGUGUACGGUUUUGGAGAUGUUAACCGGAGAAUUGGUUUGGGGAGAAUAUGGUGAUCUUGGUUUCGAUGAUUGGGUCCAUCUCAUUGGUCACAGUGAUUGCCUUCCUCGUAUACCGGGUUGGUUGUCUAAAGAAGCAUUAGAUUUUUUGAGCAGAUGCUUGGAGAGAGACGUACACAAGAGGUGGUCUACCCAUUCACUCACGAAUCAUCCCUUUGUUAGGCUGUGA